GACUGUGCACAGUGGACAGUUCCACGAAAUAGAGGGAUAUCUAUUGUGGAAUAAGCUUGUAUUGCUAUGUUCAGCCUUGGCUACUGUCCUGCAUGUUUUCUUAUUUAAGCAAAGUGCAUGUAGCUGAUUUGUGAAUUAGCCUCUGUAUUGCGCGCUGACGUAAAUAAGCGUUAGUUAGGACCCCCCCCCUAUUCUUUUUUCCCCAAUAGUGGUACGUUCCGGAGUGUCAGGCUGCACGCGGUAGUUUGUUUUGAAGGAGCUGGGAGAAAAUGAGUAACGUCUACAUCCAGGAGCCGCCCACUAACGGCAAGGUUUUACUGAAAACAACAGCUGGAGAGAUUGACAUUGAAUUAUGGUCCAAAGAGACCCCCAAAGCUUGUCGAAACUUUAUUCAACUUUGUUUAGAAGGAUAUUACGAAAAUACAGUAUUUCACAGAGUUGUACCCGAAUUUAUAGUGCAAGGAGGUGAUCCAACCGGUACUGGUACAGGAGGAGAUUCAAUUUAUGGAAAACCAUUCAGGGAUGAAUUCCAUACACGUCUACGCUUUAAUCGAAGAGGACUGGUUGCCAUGGCAAAUGCUGGACCUCAUGACAAUGGCAGCCAAUUCUUCUUUACCCUUGGACGUGCCGAUGAGCUUAACAACAAGCACACCAUCUUUGGAAAGGUGACUGGAGACACCAUAUAUAAUUUAUUACGACUAGCAGAAGUGGAUAUUGGUGAAGAAGACAGGCCUGUCAAUCCACACAAGAUAAGGACCACUGAGGUGCUGUUUAAUCCAUUUGAUGACAUAGUUCCUAGAGUAACUAAAAAGUUGAAAAAACAGGAAGAAGAGACUAAGCAGUCAAAGGUGAAAGGCACAAAAAACUUCAAUUUACUUUCCUUUGGAGAAGAAGCUGAAGAGGAGGAGGAAGAGGUGAAUAAAGUCAGUGAGACAUUCAAAGGAAAGAGUAAGAGUAGUCACGAUCUCCUUAAGGAUGACCCUCGUCUAAGCUCAGUUCCAGCGAUUGACAACUCAAAAGCCUCGGCACAGUCUAACAGCGACAGUGAUGAGGAAGAUUCAAGUGAAGAUGACGAAGAUGACAUAGAUAGUGAUGAGAGACAACAGAUGAAAGAUCGCAUAACCAGCAAAUUGAAAAUGGACCCCAAUAAAAGCACCAAGUCAUCGGGGAAAUCUUCAGGGGAUCAGGAUCUUCAGGAGAAGAAAAGUAGUCGAAGUGAAGAAUUACGUAAAGAAGUACGUCAGCUAAAACGAGAACUAAACACAGCAAAAAGGAAAAGGGAAGACGAAGCAAAAGAAAUUGAAAAAGAAAAGGAAGCAAAAGAGGCUGAACAGACAGUAGCCAACAGUGCCGUGGAAGAAUACUUGAAGGAGAAAGAAAAGUAUAAUGACUGCAGGAAGAAAAAUACAAAGAAAGGAUCUUCUAGAGAAGAACAGACGUUGUCUCUUUUGGACCGUUUCAAAUCGAAGCUGACACAGGCGAUAAUUGAUGCCCCUGAAGAGGAUCCUGUCUCGGAGAUAGAAGACGACGAUGAUAAAGGAUGGUUGUCCCAUGUGCUUCAGUUUGAUGAGAAAAGCCAGAAGGUAAAAGAUGCCAAUAUGCAAGAUGAAGAUACCUUUGAGAUUUACGAUCCUCGGAAUCCAGUCAAUAAAAGGAGACGAGAGGAAAGUAAGAAACUGAUGAAGCAGAAGAAAGAAAGGCGAUAAAGGACAACCGAAGACAUCUUUAUAAAAUGUGUAGAUUUUUAUUUUGGGUUUUCAUCUUCAGUUUAGUAAAAGGACCAUUAAGUUGUCAGUCGUCCAAGAUAUAUCUUUUACUACGUUUAUAAUCGAAAAAGUUCAUCCAUUGGAAACAUAUUGGAAUUUGUCAAAGCUGGUUAUUAGGAACAGUGGAGAAGUUGUCUGUACUGAUCAGUCAGAUUGCUGCUUUCAUUUUCAAUAAGAUUUCUGAAAAAUGAAAGGCGGCGUCACUCAUAAAAAUCACCAUCUUAAAGGGAUUGACGCACCAGUGAUUUAAUUAUACAGUUCUGUAUAAUUAAAAUCACUGGCCUUAAAGGUUGCCUGACCUGAAACCCCUCUGGGACCUGCACCUAUUUCUAGAGUGAAGCACCCAAAGAUCGGGAUAGCGCACUUGACAUAUGCGUCCGCCCUCCAUUCUUUUGUAUAGGAGGAAUUUAAAUAGCCGAGCGGCGCACUUCGCUAUUUUCGGAAGUCUCAUAGAAAUGACUGGAGAGAGCACACUGCACAAGCGCAGCCCCCAGUCUAGUCACUUUUAUUGAACUACUGAAAAGCCGAGCCAGCUCUCAUACUAAUGAAUGGAGGGCGACCGUGCAUGCACCAUAUUUGUGGCAUAUCCUUGUGACAUGCUACCAAUGUUCGAGGUGAGACAACCCCUUUAACAAAGGUUAUCCAAUUUGCCCACAAUCUCUCUUUAAAGAGAGAUUCCCCUUAAACCUUUAGAGAUAUUCCAGCCAUUAUUAUCAACCAUCUGUCCAUGUGAUUGGCAAUAAAUGCUAGUUAUUUAGGGCACAAAUGCUUGGAACCUCCACCAAUCAGUAGAAUGAGGAGCCCAAAGCUUGUUACUCCACACCAGCAUUGGGAUCUCAAAAAAGACCAGUAGGGGUGCCUAACCAUAAGCUCUAAAACCAUAAACUGUCUCGUAACCAGGUGAUGAAUCUUAACAUCUAGAAUACCUCCUUAAGGGCUGCAUAGUGUUUUAUGGCUGUUGAACCGGUAAUAUGUGAUAUAUUUUACAUACACCCAACUUGCUUUUAUGCAGCUUGGCAAAUUAAAUCUGUUGUCUGACUGAGGUACAUACUUGCUUCAGGUAACACCAAUUUCAUCACCAUUAUCUAUAAUGAUCCUGGUAUGUUUCAUGAGAGAGGGAGAAACAGCUGUAUCAGAUCAUGGCAGCAUAUUAUUCCUUACAAGGAAGUAGUCUUCUUUAUGCUAGCUGCAUUUUUCCUACAGAAAUCACUUCAAAUAAAAGCUACAUGAUGCAAAAUAAUAAUUUUUACUUUAUACAUGAAAUCCCUGUGUUCUGCAUGUUCUUACUUUAUUGAGGUUGUGGAUUUUAGCAUUGUAGUCGUAUGUAUACAGUUCUCUAUAUUGUAUAUUGUGUCACUUUUUGCAAAUAGUUUUGAUCUGAAAUUACAGAUUUCAUCUUCUGAGCCACUUAAUAAAGUACAUUGUGUGUUUCUUCUAGUUAUUGUGCCAAUAU